AUGGGCUUCCUGAAUAAGUUCCGGACCCGUGAUGAGGCUCACCAUCAUGAUGCUUCCGCAAUGGAAGCUCAUACGCCCAAGACUGGGCACCAAACACCUCAAGUGAACGAUCUCUCCGACGACUCCUCGAGACUGAGCUUGGAAGCGCGGAAUGAAAAGGAAAUUCAGCAGCAUCCCGGCCAGGUCACCGCCGGGGCCUAUCUGGGUGUGAAGAAAGCUGAAGCAGCCGCGUUGGUCUGGAGCAAGAAGGCCGUCUGGGCCACCUAUGCCUGGAUCUGGGUGUGCUUCUUCCUCCUGGCCCUGCAGUCCGGUAUCAGCGGCAACGUCAUCUGGAAGGCCUACGCGAAUUUCCAGAAGGCGCCUCAGAUCAGCACCGCCAAUAUCUUGUACAGUAUCAUCGGCGGUGUCUUGAAGCUGCCUAUUGCCAAGAUGCUCAAUAUCUGGGGCCGUGCCGAAGGUCUCCUGGUUUUUGUCGCGGUUUACGAGAUCGGCCUGAUCAUCCUGGCCGCGUGCAAUGGCCCUGAUUCCUACGCCGCGGGCUACACCCUGUACUGGAUCGGCUACGACGCCAUCUACUUGAUUCUCGAUGUCUUCGUUGCGGAUACCUCGGGCCUAAAGAACCGAGCUUUUACCUUUGCUUUCGCCAGCACACCUUUUAUCUGCACAGCGUUCACUGCUCCCCUGGCGGCAAACUCCUUCCUCAAGAUCACCACCUGGCGGUGGGCCUAUGGAACCUUUGCCAUCGUCAUGCCUGUUGUUUUCGCUCCCCUGGCAGUGGUCUUCAAGAUGUAUCAGAAGAAAGCUGAGCGGAUGGGUCUCUACGUGCGGGAACGCAGCGGUCGCACAUGGACCCAGUCGGUGAUCCAUUAUACCCACGAGUUUGACGUCGUUGGCGCUGCUUUGCUGAUGGCCAGUUGGGUUCUUCUGCUGCUGCCGUUCGGUAUGGCCAGUAAUGGCCGCGCAGAAUACAAGAGCGCAACCUUCAUUGCCAUGAUCGUGGUCGGCUUCUGUCUCUUGUUUGUCUUUGCCGCUUGGGAAAAGUGGUUUGCCCGCGUCCACUUCAUCAAAUAUGAUCUGCUCAAGCAACGCACCGUGCUAGGCGCCUGCAUCCUUUCUGGCGUGGUUUUCUUCAGCUUCUACUGCUGGGAUCUAUACUUCUACAACUUCUGCAUCGUCGUCUACGACCUCAGCAUCCCCAUGGCUGGCUACAUGAUCCAGAUCUACAACGUGGGUUCGUGCUUCUGGGGCGUGAUCUUCGGUCUCUACGUUCGCUGGACACACCACUUCAAGUACGCCUGCUUGGUCUUCGCUCUGCCUCUGAUGAUCCUAGGGGCAGGCCUCAUGAUUCACUUCCGUGGCCAGUCGGACGAUAUCGGCUACGUGAUUAUGUGCCAGAUCUUCAUUGCCUUUGGCGGCGGCACCCUGGUGAUCGGUCAGCAGAUGGCCGUGAUGGCCUCCGCGGACCGCGAAGGCGUGCCCAUGAUGCUGUCGUUCAUCGGUCUGUUCACCAGCCUGGGAGGAGCGAUCGGAUAUGCCGUCGCGGCUGCAAUCUUCAACAAUGUCUUCGUCAGCUCGCUCGAGUCCCGUCUGCCGGCAGACCUCAAGGACCAGGCCAUGACCAUUUUCGCGGGCGGUUAUUCCACACAGAUGACAGACUACCCCGUGGGCACCGCUGGCCGAAACGCCAUCAACUACGCCUGGGGCGAGAGCCAGAAGUACGGAGCGAUCGCUGCUACCUGCCUGUUGGUCCUGGGCAUCCCGGCCAUCGCUGUCUGGAAGAACUACAAUGUAAACAAGCACCAGAACAAGGGUGUGAUGAUCUGA